UCAAUCAUCGCCACGAACAACUUACAAGACAAAUUUAGAGAAAGUAAAGGGGGGAAAAGCAGAAGAAGACAAAAGGUUUCUGGGUCCCUUUUGAUUGAAAGAAAUCAAGAAAUCAAAGACAAAAGGAAAGAACCCAGAAAACCUCUUUCUUUUGCUUCCCCUUAAUUUUGUUUUUUCCAUUGAUGCUUUACCCAAAUUCACCACACCAAAAGCACCCACGAAAAAGGUGUCUUUUUCCCCAAUUCUUUUGCAUCCAUGAUUACAUAAAACUCUUUUGAGAGAGUGAAUUUUGCUGUCAUUCGUAUGCAGGUUAUCCCAUUUGUCAUGAUUCUUUAGGGUUUUCAAUUUUAGUGUUUAUAAGUUGGUUUUGAUUUGUGAAAAAGAUAGAAAAAGAGAGAUGCAAACGGAGAAAUCAGAGCAGUUAAGAUCGGUGGCAUCAGAUACAAGAGGGAAGCAUCGGAUUUCGGCUGAAUUGAAGAGACUUGAGCAAGAAACUCGUUUCUUGGAGGAGGAGCUGGAGCAGCUCGAUAAAAUGGAAGCAGCCUCAGCUGCGUGCAAGGAAAUUCUGAGUAACGUGGAGACAAGGCCGGAUCCACUUCUUCUUAUGACGAAUGGGCCGACGAAUCCAUCGUGGGAUCGAUGGUUCGAGGGACCUCAAGAUAAGUCAGGUUGCAGAUGCUGGAUACUGUAACAAUAUUCUUCGUAAAUUUUAUUUGAUUUCACCGUGCGAUGGUGUCAUUGUGCAAUCUCGUUACAGAUAUAGAGAACAAUCUUCUUUGCCGAGAAGCGGUCCUUGUGCAGAAAAACGUCAUAUUCUUUUUUCGUUUGUAGAGAAAAUUAAAAACCAAGGGAGUUGUUAUUGUGGGUUCAUUUUGUUAUCAAAAGAUUUGUCAUUUUUUUGCAGAUGAUCAUGUUUCUUGAAAUCAAAAGUUUGCAUCUUGAUG